AUGCCGAAAAAGCAAGCGGCAAUGGAUGUGGAUUUUACCCUACCAGGAGAGGACGCUAAAUCUGAUGAGGAGACAAAAAUAACUGAAAACACCAUCAUGCAUGAAGAAGCGCGGGGAAAACUUGGACGCUCAGGCUUUGAUUCCAGAGAGCGAAGAAAAAGCAAGUACCUGUCUUACCCAUAUACAAACCUUAGAUCAAAACAAAAGCUUUUACCUGCUGAAACUGAAAACUUGAAGACACCAUGUCUUCCUCGGAAAGCAGGGGCUUCAAGUGAUGCUACUAAGUCUUUAAACAUAUCUUCGUCAUAUGCUAAAUUGGAUAGCAAGAGGUUCCGAAAGAACUGGUACAGAAAGUUCAUCAGCUGCAAUAAUCUGUCCAGCAGUCCCAAAUUCAUGAAUGCAUCAACAGUUGAUUUUCUAGCAGGACUUUCUUCUACAGCCGUUGAUUGUAUGUUUCCAGUUGGGAAUGAGAAAUUUGAUUUAGUUGAGCAGUUCUUUUGCAGAUAUAGAAUAUCAAAGUAUCAUGAUGAGGCUGAACUUGCUACUUCCCAGGUUAAUGCACAAGAAGACCUGUGGAAACCUGUGGGUAAUGAUUUACCAGAUACCAAAAGUAAGAGAAAGAACAAUAAAGUGGAAAAUGCAGUCAGGCGGAAGAGAAAAUCACGCUCUGGCCUAUCAGAUUCGAGUGCAAACAUGUGUAGCAUUCACUCUCAGAUGCCUGGGAAAAAAUUGAAACAAAAUCUGAUGGAAAAAGCAAAACCGGGGUGUCAGGUGCAAAAUAUUGAUACAAAUUUAAUUGGGGAAAGAAGCAAAUGCAGCUCGAUUCCUCAAACUAAACCAAAUCUGAGUUGCCUUGCUUCUGAAGGAAAGGGUUUACAUAGAAAGAGGAAAAUGAUAGAAGCACAAGAGCAUCAAAGUGCUCAAAUUACUUCAGUGUAUACAGAUGCAAAAAAGCUUAAAUGCAGUUCACUGAUAAUAGAUUUGCAGUUUACAUCCCCAUCUAUACCUGGUGAUAUUGCUGAGAGAAAUAAGGAAGAACUAGUUUUCAUAUCUCCGAAUCCAGAGCCGGGUGUUUCCCAAGAAGGAUCUGCUGGGAGAAUUACUGAUAAUAACUUAUUGGUAAGAACUAAGGCAGAGGCCGAUACUGUCCUGGUAAAUAAAGAAUCAUUAAAGAACAGCUUGGGGAAAGAAGCAGGAGUGCAUCUCAAUACUAAACUUGCUGUAGAGCAAACAGGGCGGAACAAUACCAUGGAGAAGGCAGCAGAAAAGACUCUCCAUACUAAACUUGCUUUAGGGGAAAUUGGGCCGAAGAAUAGCGCAGAGAUGGCAGCAGAAAAGCCUCUAAAUACUAGAUAUGUUGUAGAUAUACCUGAUCUGAACGGUACUGGUGCUGAGGGCAAUUCAAUCAGCACAGAAUUUGAUACUGUCAAUUUUACUUCAGUUGAAUUGAAACCAGAGCAGCCAAAAAGCUUAUCUGCGUGUUCAAGACCUAUCAAAACUACUAUUUACAGAAGACUGAAUGACAACGGUGAGUCACUUGGAAAUUGUCUUCUCCUAAGAUUUGCCCCCGUUGCCUGUAUCCCAUCAAAAGAAGAUCUAAUGUCAACAUUUUGCCGGUUUGGUCCCUUGAAGCCAUCACAAACACAGUUGUUAAAAGACACUGGUAGUGCUCAAGUUGUUUUUGUCAGAAGUAAAGAUGCUGCUGCUGCAUUUCGUAGUUUAGAGCAGGACAAAUUUGCCUUUGGUUCGACUCUUAUUGAUUGCAAGCUCCAUCACCCUUCUGCACCCUGUCCACCUGUGGAACAACUCGUGAUCCAUGCCCAACCAAUGGGGUUUAUGACAAUGCUUGGUGUAACCCCUACUCAACCAGCUGGGUUGGCAAUGCCUGGUUUAACCCCUGCUCAACCAACUGGGUCUGUGGCAAUGCCCGGUGUACCUACUGCCCAACCAACCGGGUCUAAGGGAAUGCCUGGUGUAACCCCUUCUCAACCACCUGGGUCUAAGGGAAUGCCUGGUGUAAUCCCUACCCAACCAAUUUUGUCUAUGCCAAUGACUGGUAUGAACCCUACUCAGCCAACUGUGUCUAUGGCAGUGCCUGGUGGGAUCCCUACCCUAUCAACUGGGUCUAUGGCAGCGCCUGGUGUGACCGUUACCCCACAAACUCGGUCUACUGUGCCAAUGCCUAGUGAAACAGCUCCUUCCCUUCAGUUCAUUAAGAAGAACUUGCAGAUUAUGACGUCAAUCCUAGAGAAUGCAGGGGGUAGUCUUUCCCCCCAGAUGAGAGCCAAACUGGAUUCUGAAAUUAAAAACCUUAUGAGAAAGGUGAAUUCCAGGACCAAGGCCUAA